CACAUGUCUUAGUUCAGAACAUUUAAAGGAGGUGCAAUUUGAUCUCUUUAUAUUGUUUGAACAACAAUUCUUUCUCUAUGAGCUAAUUUUUCAAGGUAAGACAGGAUAUAAAUAAGCAUAGAGACAAAUCAUUGGAGAUCAGCAAUUCGAAGACAUAAUAAUGGAGAGCGAGUCUUCCCAUGAAAUUGAACCAGUUUUUCAGGAUUUUGAAGAUAAUGAACAUGAAUUUGGGUCUGGAGACGAAAGUGAUGUUGAAAAUCAACUUGUCAACACUGCAAUAUUUGUUAAUGACAGGAAACUGGAUGGUAAAACUGCAUUGCGAAUUCUUCAACGUGCUGCUUUAUAUGAUAACUGGAAGAUUGCAGAACCAAUUCUAAAUAAGGAACCAAGAUUUGUUAAUUUUGAAUUUGGAGAAACCUCUGAAACAUUACUUCACGCUGCAGCAUUAGCAAAAAGUAGCGGAUUUGUGCGAGAGAUAAUUAAACUAAUGAAAGUAGGUGACUUGGAGAAAGGUGUGAAUACGGCAUUUAUGUUGGCAGCAUUGGCAGGGCACGUUGAAAUUGCUAAAGCAAUGAGAGAAAAGAAUAAGAAUCUACCAAACAUCUGUGGUAAGGAGGGAGAUUUACCAAUCUCUGUGGCAGCUCAAGUUGGGCAUAAAGCUAUGGUAUCAUACCUUUAUGAGGUCACAGAUUUUGAUGUGAUACAGCAACAAGAACUCUUAUACCUUCUUGAGAUCACUAUCCAGAAUGAAAUGUAUGAGGUAGCAUUAAAUAUAUUCAACAAGGACAGAAAAUUAUUUGCCACUAAAAUAUUACAAGGAAAUAUUAAUGUCUUCCACACGUUAUCUCAAAAGUCCAUAGCGAUCAGUAACACUUCUUCUCCGGUGUGGAGAAAGUUGAUUAGCGUGGGCAGGAGGCAAUCCAUUUCAUUGCUAAAAUUGCUUCCGGAAAGAUAUGUAGUUGAGAAACAAGCUGAGACACUACUUGAGGAGCUAUGGGCGGAGUGUCUAAGAAGAGGAAGGGAUAAGCUGUUAGACUUAGCGCUAAAAGAAAACUGGGCCCAUUAUGCUGCAAAAGCAGGAAAUCUAGGGUUUUUACUUGUGGUUACUCGUGAUUUUCCUGUGCUCAUGUGGACGAAUGACGAUAAAAGGCAUACCAUUCUUCAUGUUGCAGUUUUAUAUCGAGAGGAAAAAGUCUUCAGUCUUAUACACCAAAUAGGAGGAAUGAAAAAUAUAUUUCUUGUAGAUUUUGACAAUGAUGGAAAUAACAUUCUACAUUUGGCUGGGAAGUUAGGGGAGCCAAUAUUCAGUAAACAGAAAAGUAGUGGACAGAUGGAAGCCCUGAAAAACAAACUUGUUCAGUCUGUGCCUCCUAAUGCUGAUAAUAAUAAUGCUGUAUUCGUUGAAUCACUACAACAGCUGUUUCAAGAGAUAGAAAUCAUUAGACACAUAACAGAGACACAGUCUGUUAAGGCGGAAGAGAAGAUUAUGCCGCCAUCAUUUCUUAGGGUUUCUGGAGCAGCACUUCAGAUGCAAAGAGAGAUAUUGUGGUUCAAGGAAGUGGAGAAACUUGUACCGCGUUCACUCCAAAAGAUGACAAACAAGGAUGGAAAAACCCCUAGAGAAUUAUUCACGGAAGAACACAAGAUAUUACUAAAAGAAGGGGAAAUGUGGAUGAAAGACACAGCAAAUUCUUGUAUGAUUGUUUCAACUUUGAUUGCCACAAUGGUCUUUGCUGCUGGAUUCACUGUGCCAGGUGGUAAUAACAGUGAUAAUGGCAUUCCAAUAUUGCUAAAAUUGUAUGGAUUUAGAGUCUUCGUCAUAUCAGAUGCAGUGGCACUAUUCACCUCAAUCAUUUCCAUCAGUAUGUUCUUGUCCAUUCUGACAUCUCGCUAUGCUGAAGAUGAUUUUCUUGUGUCAUUGCCUGCCAAGAUAUUGUUUGGACUCACAAUGUUGUUUGCCUCGAUAGUUAGCAUGCUCUUGGCUUUUGCAGCAACCUUCAUGUUGGUCUAUAGUAAUCAUAUAGGUUGGGAGCCAAAGAUCAUUGUUGCUUGUGCUGGUGUUCCUGUGGCUUUAUUUGGGUGUUUACAGUACAAACUAUGGUUUGAUGUGGCAAAAUCGACAUAUUGGUCCAAGUUUCUUUUUAGAUCGGGAAAGCACAAACUCGAUUGACAACAGAACCUUCAUUGCUGAUCAUAAUGAUUUCGUAUCUUCUUAUUGUCAUCAGUAAAAUACAGAGCAAAAUUGUGCAUGAAAUUAAACUUGAGUGAAUUUCUCCAUCAAUGCUAUUUGUGAUUGAUAAUAAUUAAUAGUUUUAGCA